AUGGUGUGCACCAGGAAGACCAAAACUUUGGUGUCCACUUGCGUGAUCCUGAGCGGCAUGACCAACAUCAUAUGUCUGCUCUACGUGGGCUGGGUCACCAACUACAUCGCCAGCGUGUAUGUGCGGGGGCAGGAGCCGGCGCCUGACAAGAAGCUGGAGGAAGACAAAGGGGACACCCUGAAGAUUAUUGAACGGCUGGACCACCUGGAGAAUGUCAUCAAGCAGCAUAUCCAAGAGGCUCCCGCCAAGCCUGAGGAGGCAGAGGCUGAGCCCUUCACAGACUCCUCUCUGUUUGCACACUGGGGCCAGGAGCUCAGCCCUGAAGGCCGGCGCAUAGCCCUGAAGCAGUUCCAGUACUACGGCUACAACGCCUACCUCAGUGACCGCCUGCCCCUCGACCGGCCCUUGCCUGACCUCAGACCUAGUGGGUGCCGCAACCUCUCCUUCCCGGAUGGCCUGCCAGAGGUGAGCAUCGUGUUCAUCUUUGUCAACGAAGCACUGUCCGUGCUGCUUCGUUCCAUCCACUCAGCCAUUGAACGCACGCCUCCACACCUGCUCAAGGAGAUCAUCCUGGUGGAUGACAACAGCAGUAACGAGGAGCUGAAGGAGAAGCUGACGGAGUAUGUGGACAAGGUGAAUGGCCAGAAGCCGGGUUUCAUCAAAGUCGUGCGCCACAGCAAGCAGGAAGGCCUCAUCCGCUCCCGAGUCAGCGGCUGGAGGGUGGCCACCGCCCCUGUAGUGGCCCUCUUCGAUGCCCAUGUGGAGUUCAACGUGGGCUGGGCUGAACCUGUGCUCACCCGCAUAAAGGAGAACCGGAAACGGAUCAUCUCACCAUCCUUUGACAACAUCAAAUAUGACAACUUUGAGAUAGAAGAGUACCCACUGGCCGCCCAGGGCUUUGACUGGGAGCUGUGGUGCCGCUACCUAAACCCCCCCAAGGCCUGGUGGAAGCUGGAGAACUCCACUGCCCCAAUCAGGAGCCCUGCCCUCAUCGGCUGCUUUAUUGUGGACCGGCAGUACUUCCAGGAGAUCGGCCUACUGGACGAAGGCAUGGAGGUCUACGGAGGCGAGAAUGUCGAGCUGGGGAUCAGGGUGUGGCAGUGUGGCGGCAGCGUGGAGGUCCUGCCUUGCUCUCGGAUUGCCCACAUUGAGCGAGCCCACAAGCCCUACACCGAGGACCUCACGGCCCAUGUCCGCAGGAAUGCCCUCAGGGUAGCUGAAGUCUGGAUGGACGAAUUUAAAAGCCAUGUCUACAUGGCAUGGAACAUACCCCAAGAGGACUCGGGGAUCGACAUCGGGGACAUCACUGCGAGGAAGGCUCUGAGGAAACAGCUACAGUGCAAGACCUUCCGGUGGUACCUGGUCAGCGUGUACCCAGAGAUGAGGAUGUACUCAGACAUCAUUGCCUACGGGGUGCUGCAGAACUCUCUGAAGACCGAUUUGUGUCUCGAUCAGGGUCCAGACACAGAGAACGUUCCCAUUGUGUACAUCUGCCACGGGAUGACACCCCAGAACGUGUACUACACAAGCAGUCAGCAGAUCCACGUGGGCAUCCUGAGCCCCACGGUCGACGACGAUGACAACCGGUGCCUGGUGGACGUCAACAGUCGGCCACGGCUCAUCGAGUGCAGUUACGCCAAAGCCAAGAGAAUGAAGCUCCACUGGCAGUUCUCUCAGGGAGGCCCCAUCCAGAACCGCAAGUCCAAGCGCUGCCUGGAGCUGCAGGAGAACAGCGACUCAGAGUUUGGCUUCCAGCUGGUGUUGCAGAGGUGCUCGGGCCAGCACUGGAGCAUCACCAACGUCCUGAGGAGCCUGGCGUCCUGACCCCGCAGGGAGCCGCCCCCGCCCGUCCCUUUGCUACUGUGUAGCACCUGCUGCCUGCUGUCCAUGUGGGGUUGUUUGGAGUCGGGGGGAACCGGGUUAGUGGGAGCCCCCCCAGAAAAGAGCUUUUUAUUUCCUAUGCGAUUUUCAUGGAGUUUAUAGAAAGGUGCCGAAUGGUGGGUGAUGGUGUAAUAUCAUAAACUAUUUUGCAACUGUAAAUAGGGGACAAAUGGAAAAUAUUUAUAACUGACAAUAAAACACUAUUGAUUAA